AGAGAAACGUGUAGUAACACACCGCAACGUAGCUUUUUUCCAACGUCGGUGCUUGUAAUUUCUCUCGCGACAUAUUUUAAAUACUUUUUAAUAAAAUUAAAGAAAAUACGAUACGAUGUCAAAGAACGAAGAGAAAUUUGACGGAAUGUUGCUGGCAAUGGCCCAGCAACACGAAGGUGGUGUACAAGAUCUGUUAGAUACAAUCUUCAAUUUUUUGGCAAGGAAAACAGAUUUUUACACAGGAGGUGGCGAAGGUGCAGCCGAAAAGCUUGUCACUGGUAAAUUUAAAAAAUACGAAGCGACUGCUUUAGCAAAAGCUGCUGCUGAGAAAGCAGAGCGUGCGGAACAAGAAAGAAGACGCAAGGAAAGAUUGGAGAAAAAGAAGAAGGAAGAAGAGAAAACCGAAGAGGAACAAAUGGAUACCGAUUCUAGAAUAGUGGAAUUAACGGAUGAGCAGGCAGCUAAGUUACAAGAAGAGAUAGAUAAUAAAAAGUUAUCUAAAGAAGUAGCGGCUGUUCCUGGACCUAGUGGCGACAAUGCCGGUGGUGAAUUGAAGAACGAUAACGCAGAAAUAGACGACGAAGAAGAGGAUGAGAAAGAAAAAAAUAAACUAAGGCCUAACAGCGGCAAUGGUGCAGACAUGCCAAAUUACAGAUGGACGCAGACUCUUCAAGAAGUGGAGAUCAGAGUGCCACUGAAAGUGAACUUCUCAGCCAGGCCGAAAGACGUGUCGGUAACGAUCACGAAGAAACAUCUUACCUGCGGGGUGAAAGGACAACCACCGAUCAUUGACGGUGAUUUCCCGCACGAAGUCAAAUUAGAGGAAUCCACGUGGGUUAUAGAAGACGGGAAAGUACUUUUGAUCAAUUUGGAAAAGGUUAACAAAAUGCAAUGGUGGGCUCACGUGGUUACUUGCGAUCCUGAGAUUAGCACGAAGAAAGUGAAUCCUGAACCAAGUAAAUUGUCCGACCUUGAUGGUGAAACCAGAGGCCUCGUCGAGAAGAUGAUGUAUGAUCAAAGACAAAAGGAACUUGGUUUGCCGACUUCGGACGAACAAAAGAAGCAAGACGUGAUAAAAAAGUUCAUGGAGCAGCAUCCAGAGAUGGACUUCUCAAAGUGCAAAUUUAAUUAAAAUACUUUGUAAUCGAUUCGAUCAGAAGUCGUUGAAUAUGAACGCGUUUCAUCCUUAUAUGGCGAUUGUCCUGUAACCCGUUGAUGUACGUACACCGGCCUGUAAAAAGUCGAAUACGUUGAAAAACGUAUUAUAAAUGUUUGUUUUUAUUCCGUUGGCUAUCGUAACAACCUUCACGUUUGCUUUCUUCGAACGGAGAGGUUCUGUACGAAAAGACACAUAGUCCGUAAUGAACUAACGCUAUAGGAGGGCAGCACCCUACUACGUCGAAUCGAUUUUAACUGUUGUAAAACAGAGAACUAUCUUUCCAAGUUAAACUUUUCUUUUUAUACUUAUGUUCAAUCACACGCAUUUCUCAUUCCUACGUGAGCUGAAUAGAUUGACGAAUUGACAGCACAGACAGGCUGCACAAAUGUAAUAAUUUUCAUUUACACUUAUCAUUGUAGACAUUACGUUUCUUAUGAUCAAAUAAAGAAUUUGCGAAUACACACUGAA